AUGAACUUCUUAGAACGAGGAGAAAACUCAUGGUUAUCACCAGCCGUGGCCACCAGCCCAGAAAGAACCCGUGCACCGCGGGGUGUCAAGGCCUCCAGGUGGACCAGGCAGGAGGCUGUGGAGGAAGCAGAGCCACCAGGUUUGGGAGAAGGUGCGUGGUCGGGACCAGCUGCUGAGUCCACCAGGCAGGAAGCCACAUUCCCCAAGGCCACGCCCUUGGCUCAAGCUGUUCCCUUGGCUGAAGUGGAGACCUCCCCUGCAGGGUGGGACCUCCUCUUGCCCGACUGUGCAGCCUCGGCAGUGGGUUCCAACACGACUGACCCAGAGGCCUGGGACUGCGAGCUGGAAGGUCCGGAGGAGGACAGGCCUCGGUCCUGCCCGUCCCCACAGGCCCCGCUUCUCAGCUUGAGUUGGGAUGACGAGCUCCAGAAGCCCGGGGCCCAAGUCUACAUGCACUUCAUGCAGGAACACACCUGCUAUGAUGCCAUGGCCACCAGCUCCAAGCUGGUCAUCUUUGACACCACGCUGGAGAUUAAAAAGGCUUUCUUUGCCAUGGUGGCCAACGGUGUGAGGGCAGCCCCUCUGUGGGACAGCAAGAAGCAGAGCUUUGUAGGCAUGCUCACCAUCACAGACUUCAUCCUGGUGUUGCACCGCUACUACCGAUCCCCCCUGGUCCAGAUCUACGAGAUUGAAGAACAUAAGAUUGAGACCUGGAGGGAGAUCUACCUACAAGGCUGCUUCAAGCCUCUAGUCUCCAUCUCUCCCAACGACAGUCUGUUUGAAGCUGUCUAUACCCUCAUCAAGAACCGAAUCCACCGCCUGCCCGUCCUGGACCCAGUCUCCGGCACUGUGCUGUACAUCCUCACGCACAAGCGGAUACUCAAAUUCCUGCACAUAUUUGGCGCCCUGUUGCCACGGCCCUCCUUCCUCUGCCGCACUAUCCAAGAUCUGGGCAUCGGCACAUUCCGAGAUUUGGCUGUAGUUCUGGAAACAGCUCCGAUCCUGACCGCACUGGACAUCUUUGUGGACCGGCGUGUGUCUGCACUGCCUGUGGUCAAUGAAUCUGGUCAGGUCGUGGGCCUCUACUCCCGCUUCGAUGUCAUCCACCUGGCUGCCCAGCAAACCUACAACCACCUGGACAUGAGCGUAGGAGAAGCUUUGAGGCAGAGGACGCUGUGCCUGGAAGGGGUUCUCUCCUGCCAGCCCCACGAGAGCCUGGGUGAAGUCAUUGACAGGAUCGCACGGGAACAGGUGCACAGGCUGGUGUUGGUGGAUGAGACCCAGCAUCUUCUGGGCGUGGUCUCCCUCUCUGACAUACUUCAAGCGCUGGUGCUCAGCCCCGCUGGCAUCGAUGCCCUCAGUGCCUGAGAGUACCUGAGCCCUCACUCCCAAGCCAUCUUCCUCACCCGAAAGUCAAUGAAAGGAUCUAGGGGAACUUGGCCUUCAUCUUCUCCCACCCACUUGCUGGUUCUGCUCUGGUACAGGCUCUCCAGCCUUCCCUAAUUGUCCUUGCUAUAUCUACACGCCCAGAAGCCUUUGAGCAUGCCCAGUACACCAGGAUGAUGAAAUUGAGAACAAUUGAGUCAAGCCUGAAAGUCCUGAACCAGAGGCACUGCCAUCAACCUAGGACAAUCUGUGCACCCGGUCCCUUCUUAUGCCUUUCCUGCCAUUUGGAUCAGGGCUGAGCUCAAUGUGGCAGUGAGCAUGCUACCUAUGAAUUUAGCUGGGAGCCCGGAAUGCUUGGUUCUGGAUACACGUCCUCGCUCCUAGGAGCCGUGGUUGUUCUUUCCCCCACGGAAGCCACCACUGUGCCACCACCAUGCUACUCUCCUGGCACUUCCAAGCUGCUGGCAGCCAACGCUGAGUAGCCCUUGAUUCUAGAGUUGCUUGCCGGGGCUGUAGGCAUUCGUCAUGGUACCCAGCAGGUACAGCUGCAGUGGGACUGUCACGGUGCCCUUUCUGGGUGCCCAUAACGUGUCUACCAUCGGGGUCUACAGAAGCAUGUGGCAUUGUCAGUGCCCCUGGCACGGUUGUACUGUGAGCUCCUCAGCUCUCCCCACUGAGCAAUGUCUGCACCCCUUAGUGUCCCCUAACCCCCGAUAGAUUCAGAUCCUUGAGGAUGAGCAAUCAAGAAAAAAGAAACAAAAGAGCAAGCCACAGCCUUGGAUGCCACAGGUUUACUCAAACACUGCAGCCAUUGAAAUGAAUUUAUGCAAACUCCUUGCGUCUCCUGAGUUCAAAGACUUGAAAGAAAGUCUGCAGUUGGCAAAAGCUGCAAGUGGCCUUUCUUUAGUGAACUGAAUGCCAUUCUUCUGAUAUCUUUUAAUCUUUUAUUUAUAACAAAAUGAUAAGGAAAACAUUUAUUCAUUAUUCACAUAGUACGUGGAACCCAGUCUACAAACGGGAAUCUGCAGGAAACAUAACUGAUCCUGUAAUACUGGAUGUCAUUUCUACAAUGAUCUCAGUUCACCAGGUAGAAAGAAAUUAAUCUCAGUCAAUUCUGGGCCUCAUCGUCUGCUAUUACCCUCCCCUGUGAUGGCCUGGGCCCUCAGACCCCGUAGUCCAACACAGAAAGAGUGGAUUCGUAUUUCUACAAUCUUUUAAGAUUCUUUCUCCUUUACUUAUUUUAUUAUGUGUGCAUGCGGGCCUGUGUCCCGCAGUGGCGUGCGACUGUGUGUGCAUGAGGGUGAGUGUCCCACUGUGCAGAGCAGUGGACAACCCUCAGGCAUGAGGUUGUUUGAGACAGGGCUUCUCUGUCAUGCUUCUGGGGCUCUCCUGUUUCUACCUCCCAUCGCCUGGGACUGCAGUGCUAGGAUUCCUGAUUCCGGACUCCACUAUUCCUGCCUUGUCAAGCUUUACGUAAGUUCUUGGUCUUCAAAGGUGUGUGCCAAG